CCUACAAAGCGCUGCUCGCGCGGUGAAGACGACGCAUGCGCGGGUGGAUUAGUGGUCUACGGCGAGCCGUGCGGGAGCGAAGCUUACGCAGCUUCGUCUGAGGAGGGAGUUUCCCCGUUUCUCUCCUCCUCUGGGGUGCUGUGUCCUGCGUAUGCUUGUGGCGUCGGAUAGCUGAAAAGGCCGGUUUCUUUUUUACUAAGGUUUACAUCGAUUUCAUAAUAAGCCUGGGCAGUUGCGGCUUGUACGGAAACCAGGCUUUGCAGUGAAACCAUCUGCUGGUCAGUCCAUCUCUGCCAGGAGACCUGUCUGGUGUUUCUCAGCUUGAAGAAGAAGAUCAAGAGUCAUUAUUGAUCCCUUUUCUUGGCGUUACCAUUUUGAAGUGAAGUUUGCCUAGUUUUCUAGAGUGAGCUUUCUUUUCAGACAUCUCUAAAGUUUGAUCCAUAAUAGACUAUCUAUAGUUCAGCAAUGUCCAAGUCAUUCCACCAAGCAUCUCUAAGUAGGGAUUCCCAGGGUCAUGGACGUGAUCUUUCUGCAGGAAUAGGCCUUCUUGCUGCUGCUGCUACCCAGUCUUUAAGUGUGCCAGCAUCUCUUGGAAGGAUGAACCAGGGUACGGCGCGUCUUGCUAGCUUAAUGAAUCUUGGAAUGAGUUCUUCAUUGAAUCAACAAGGAGCUCAUAGUGCGCUGUCUUCUGCUGGUGCAUCUUCUCAUGCCUUACAGUCUAUAUUUAACAUUGGAAAUAGAGCUCCACUCUCUCUGUCUUCUCAGCACCGUGGAGAUACAGAGCAGGCCACUAAUAUUUUGGCCAGCUUUGGGUUGUCUGCUAGAGACUUAGAUGAACUGAGUCGUUAUCCUGAGGACAAGAUCACUCCUGAAAACUUGCCUCAAAUACUUCUGCAACUUAAAAGGAGGAGAGCUGAAGAAGGCGCAUCACUGAGUUAUGGUAGAGAUGGCAGAUCAACUGCACGGGAGCCACCAUACAGAGUUCCUAGGGAUGAUUGGGAAGAGAAAAGGCAUUUUAGAAGAGAUAGCUUUGAUGAUCGUGCUUCUAGUCUCAGCCGGGUGGUUGACUAUGAUCAUGGAAGUUGUUCGCAAGAGUCUGUUUAUUAUGACAGAAUGGAUUAUGAAGAUGACAGAUUAAGAGAUGGAGAAAGGUGUAGGGAUGAAUCUUACUAUGGCGAAGGUUCGCAUAAGUUUCGUAAAUUUGACAGUGAGUAUGACAGAAUGAGCCGUGGCCCUGAGAGAUCUCUCUUUGAGAAAAAAAGAGGUGCUCCUCCUGAGAGCAAUGUUGAAGACUUCCAUGGAUUCUUACCGAAGGUUUAUCCCCAUCUGUGCUCUAUCUGUGAUUUGCCUGUUCAUUCCACUAAGGAGUGGAACCAGCAUAUCAAUGGAGCAACACACAGCCGGCGCUGUCAACUUCUCCUUGAAAUAUAUCCUGAAUGGAACCCGGAUAGUGAUUCUGGACUUGGGCUGGGUGAUCCAUUUAGGUUGCAGUCCACAAAUCCAGCUCCAGGAAUUUUGGGGCCUCCUCCUCCUCCAUUUCAUAUGGGAGGGCCACCACGUGGAUCAAGAGGGGCUGGAAAUGGAAGUAUGCAAGGACCAAGGCAUUUGCAAAAGGGCAGAGGGGAAACAAGCCGUGUUGUGCACAUCAUGGACUUUCAGAGAGGGAAAAACCUGAGAUUCCAGCUACUACAGCUUAUUGAACCAUUUGGAAUCAUUACAAAUCAUCUAAUCUUGAACAAAAUAAAUGAGGCAUUUAUUGAAAUGGCCUCCAGUGAUGAUGCACUAUCUGUAGUCGAGUAUUAUUCUACAACACCAGCCUUAGUGUUUGGCAAACCUGUGAGAGUCCACUUAUCACAGAAAUAUAAAAGAAUAAAGAAACCGGAAGCAAAACCUGGCCAAAAGUUUGAACCUCCUAAACAAGAACUUGGUCGUGUGAUUCAUCUCAGUAAUUUGCCACAUUCUGGUUAUUCGGACAGUUCUGUACUUAAGCUAGCUGAGCCCUAUGGAAAAAUAAAAAACUACAUAUUAAUGAGAAUGAAGAGUCAGGCUUUCAUUGAAAUGGAGACCCGAGAAGAUGCUGAAGCAAUGAUGGAGCAUUGUGCCAACAAAGCCCUCUGGUUCCAAGGGAGAUGUGUGAAAGUAGACUUGUCUGAAAAAUACAAGAAGUUGGUAUUAAGGAUUCCCAACAAAGGAGCAGAGGUGAUGAAGAAAAGUGAUAAACCAAGAAAGAGAGGUCUUUCUCCUGAUGGCAAAGACUACGGAAAUGAGAAAAAAAGUAAGUCUGACGACAAUGAGAAAAUGGAAACCAACAGUAAUGAAGAUAAAGAAGAGAAGGGAGAUGACGCAGAGGGGCAAGAUACAAAAGACAAUGAACAAGGAGACCAAGACGAACCAAAUUUGCUUGCUGAAUCUGAAGAUGAGCUGUUAGUAGAUGAUGAGGAAGCAGCAGCAUUACUAGAAAGUGGUAGUUCAGUUGCUGAAGGUACAGAUGUGGCUAAUUUGGGUGAUGUAACUACUGAAGAAAAGGAAGCAGCUGGUGAUGAAACUACUGAAAAAACUGAAGAAGGUACUGUGGCUAGCCCAGCAGGAAAAAAACUCAAAAAGCGGCAUGUAGGUAGUUUUCCAAAACGCAUGGAAGAUUUUGUCACUCUUGAUGAAGUUGGUGAUGAAGAAGAUGCAGAGCACCAGAAACUUAGAUCUGGCCUUCUUAAAUCUCUUGCAACCGAAAGUAAAAAUGAAGAAACAGAACAGCCAAAGGAGACACUGGAAAAUGGUGCCAAAACAACGAAGACAGAACAAACUGAAGCAAAUGAUGGCACAGAAACACAAGAAAGUGAGAAAAAGGAAAGCACCAAUGAGCAAGAUACUCCCAGUGAGAAAUGUGCAGAGGAUCAGAGAAUUGGACCAUAUCAACCAAACGUUCCUGUUGGUGUGAACUAUGUGGUGCCAAGAACUGGGUUUUACUGUAAAUUGUGUUCUUUAUUUUACACAAAUGAGGAGGCUGCAAAAAGGGUCCACUGCAGCAGCCUCACACACUACCAGAAAUUGAAGAAACACAUGGAGAAAAUGUCUGAAGACCAGAAAGCGAAAAAAAAAGAUGUGAAUGCUGAAAAGGAGGAUGCUUAAGAAUUUAAGGAAAACAUGUUUUAUUUUUAAUGUUUAUGUUUAUUUCAGUCCAGCAAAAUUGAGGAAAUACAUAGAUUUUAGUAGAAUAAAUAAAAACGUAUAAUUCUGUUAAUGUGUUUUAAUGUUAUGGCAAACUCUGCAUUCUGAAAUCUUUUAUUUGUGCAAAGGGGAGGAUGACAACAUAUUUUCUGUCCAGAUUUCUGCUUCUAAAGGACUGUUACAUAAUUUGGAAGAACAGAGAAUUUUAUCUGCAGUAAUCUUUUCAGUCUUUGAAAAAUAUCUUUAAAUGUUCGGGGGUGUUUUUCUUUUUUAGUUAAUUUGGUAUAUUUCUCCCUUCUGGAACAUUUUGCAUUCCAUUUUUGAGUCCAGAUACUAUUUUCACUGGACUUCCAUAAUUUCAUUUGUUUUAAGACUCAUGAAAAUUUAUGUGGCUUUAAAAAUGUGGAAACUUUCUUUUUAGUAUUGCUGUAUUACAUAGUGAAUAGAAAAAUUUAUACCCAGCUUUAACAAAUAAUCUAUUAUCUCGGUCCUCAUUUUUUGUCCUAUUCUUGCAGCAAGUAA